CUUCCCCGCCCCUCGCCCGGCACCGCCGACAGGAGAGAUUUACAAAUAGUGCUUGAGCAUCAUGGAGCUUCCAGGUUCUACUUUAGCGGCAACUUAUGCCCGCCCUAGACCAACACCAGCCACCUUCCUUCCAGCCAUCAGUGCCAUGGCCUCAAGCUAUAGGGACUUCUUCCCCCACUGCGAUCUGACCCAUAGUCUGAGCCCGCCUUGGAGACCAAGCACGUACUACAAAGCAGCCUCCAACUCGCCAGCCUUGGACCCGUACUGCACCAGAUCUCAGAGGGUGUCCGAGAGCACCGUGCUUCCCUUUGUUUCCAACAGAACCACACUCUUCACCAGAUAUACUCCCGAUGAUUGGUACAGGUCCAACUUAACCAACUUUCAAGAAUCCAACACUUCCCGACACAAUUCAGAGAGACUAAGGGUAGAUACAUCUCGCUUGAUUCAAGACAAAUAUCAACAAACGAGAAAAACCCAGGCAGACUCCACCCACAAUCUGGGAGAACGAGUCAACGACAUAGGAUUUUGGAAAUCUGAAAUCACUCAUGAGUUGGAUGCAAUGAUUGGAGAGACAAAUGAACUAACCGAUGUUAAGAAAAAACUGGAGAGGGCGUUGAUGGAGACAGAAGCCCCUCUUCAGGUAGCCUGGGAAUGUCUGUUUCAUCGAGAGAAGAGAAUGGGAAUCGAUUUAGUUCAUGAUGAAGUGGAAACAGAGUUGCUGAUGGAGGUUGAUAUUAUUCUGUGUUGUCAAGAAAGGAUGAAGCUGCAUUUGGACAAGGCCAUUGCCCAACUGGCAGCCAACAGAGCUUCCCAGCACGAGCUGGAGAAGGACCUGAGUGACAAGCAGGCGGCUUGCCGCAUCGACGACAAAUGCCACCACCUGCGAAACACGUCGGACGGCGUCAGCUGCUUCCGCGGAGUGGAGCGGGUGGAUGCCGUGGUCUCAGUGCCCGAGUCCUGGGCCAAAUUUACCCACGACAAUAUUCUUCGCUCCCAGAGGGAGCGAGCUGCCUCUGCGAAACUAAGAGACGACAUCCAGAACCUCCUGGUGGUGACAGCCAACGAGACCUGGAAUCGGUUCAACAAAGUGAACCUGGCUUUCACCAGCCGCGUUGCUGAGACUGCAGAUGCUAAAAAUAAGAUUGAGAGUCACCUCGCAAAGACCCUGCAGGAGAUUUUCCAGACGGAGAUGACCAUCGAAUCCAUCAAGAAAGCCAUCAAGGACAAGUGCGCCUUCCUGAAGGUGGCUCAGACCAGGCUGGAUGAGCGUACGCGGAGGCCCAACAUAGAGCUCUGCAGAGACAUGGCUCAGCUGCGCCUGGUUAACGAGGUGUACGAGGUGGACGACACCAUCCAGACCCUGCAGCAGCGCCUGAGGGACGCGGAGGACACCCUGCAGUCGCUGGUCCACACCAAGGCCACCCUGGAGCACGACCUGGCGGUCAAAGCCAACUCCCUGUACAUCGACCAGGAGAAGUGCAUGAGCAUGCGCAGGAGCUUCCCCAGCACCCGGCGGCUGGUGGGCUUCUGCUAGGGCCCCCUCCCCUGGACUAGGUGUGAUGCUCCCCAGGUCCCCAGGUAAGGCGGAACCGGGGUGCCGUGCGCGCGUGCGCGCGCGCGCGCACUUACGCGAGGGCUGAUCUAUAUCCACUUAUUAAAGGAUCGUAUUUAUAGA